AUGGGAAACUGCAACUCCUCCGAUUCAACCCAGGUUGCCACGGCCAAGCUUAUUCUGCACGACGGCAAGUUGCAGGAGUUCUCAUACCCGGUUAAGGUAUCGUUCCUGUUGCAGAAGUAUCCCGCGUGCUUCAUAUGCAACUCCGACGAAAUGGACUUCGACGACGUCGUUUCGGCCAUCGACGAGGACCAAGUGCUGCAACCCGGUCAGCUCUAUUUUGCCCUUCCCUUGAGUCGCUUGAAUCACCGCUUGCAGCCUCACGAGAUGGCUGCAUUGGCCGUCAAGGCCAGCUCCGCGCUAAUGAAAACCGCCGAUAAAUGCGGCUCUCGCCGCAAACAGACUUUGUUCUCUAACGAACAUGACUCUAACCCUAAGCGCGUGUCUCCCGCACUCGCUGUCGGCGCCGGUACUGUACAUAGGAGAGGAAGGGCCAUCGCCGGAGCCGGAAAGGGGAGGUUUGCAGCGUUGUUGACUUCCAUUCCGGAGUAG